AUGAAGCAAGCUUUGUUCCUGGCCUCGGGCUUUGCCUGGCUGAACCUGGCCUCGGCCGCCUGCUGUCGCAGCAACAAGUGCUUGAAAGCCAUUGUCCUGAACCAACAUGGAAUUGAUGACUGCGCCUCGGUCCUUGUCGAGACUGUGUCGGCCCCGGCCCGCAUCGUGACCGAGACCGUUACUGUGUCCUCUACCCAGUAUGCCACCGUCCUUGGCACCGAGAUUGUCACCGAAAUCGAGUCAACCACCGCUGCCACCGAGACGAUCUUUUUCACCGAGAGCUCUGCCGUUACCGUUGGUACCGAGACAGUCAUUCAGCUCACAACCGAAACGACCAUUGCCAGCACCGAGACGGUCUUCCAGACCAUCACCGUCCCUGCUCCGACCGAGAAGAAGCGCGACAUCGAUACCUUGACGUUCGUGGAGCCCACCAGCUCGGCCUCGGUCGAGCCUGCUCCCGUACAGUCUUCUCCGGCGCUUCCCGAGUACGCCUUGGACUGCCCGUCCUUCGACAAGUACAAGUCGGCCUGCAAGUGCGUCGGUGCUGAGAUCGUAACCGUCACCGUUCCUGUUCCUAUUUCAACUGUUACUGUCGAAGAGACCACUACCGUUUUUGCCUCUGUCGCUGCCACCGUUACCACUACGGAAACUGAGUUGGUCUCAGUGACGGCCACAGCCUCGACUACCGUGACUGUUGUUGUGGAUGAUGUUGAGACGGUCACUGCCACUCAGACCGAUGUCGUCUCCCUCACUGCUACUGUCACCGCGAUCGAGACCGCGACCUUAGCCCCCGAGCCCGUGCAACCUGUGUGUCAAAUCAACACCGGCGCCUUCCGUGCAAUGACUACCUUCAACAACAACGACCUCUACAUGUACGCCAACAUGCUGAACGCCCUGACCGGUGGCAUAAACUGGCAAGCUGGUAGCACCACCACCUCCCAGAGCAUCCAGCCCCGGUACAACUUUGCUCUUGAUAGCGAAGGCUCUCUGUACCUUCACGACAAAAUUGCUCCCUAUACCUACACAUACUAUGUCUAUAUCUCGACCGCCAAUUCGGGAAGCAACUGGCCCCAGGUAAACACCAAAGAAUCUAUCGAAAGCGCAAUUGCACAGGGUGGCCGGAUUAGCAAGAUCAAGGGAUGCGUUAAUCCCGCCACUGGUGAGCUCACGCUUCAGGAUUCCAUCGGAAGAAAGAACAUUCUCUGGUGCGGCUCACAGGUCUGGUUGUCUGCCGGCCUGGGUGAGGAUGUCAACCGUGGUGGGGCGUGUGUCCAGCAGUUCCCCAAGGUCGUCCCGCCAUAUGGGCAGUAAUUUAGGAUACUUGCACAUUCGGCAUGCGGGGUGCGGUGCCGGACGUUCGGCCGACCAUUUAUCUACAACCGUCUGAAUAGAAACUCAAUGUUACUGUGUCUAUAUC